AUGUCGAACCAACAACAAUCAGUUGAAAUUCCAGUCCCAUACUUAGUCUCAAAAUUACAUGAAAUGGGCUCGAUGUUUUACAAUGAUCCAUCUACAGCAUACGCGGAAUUAAGCAUCAAUGAGCAAAGAACUUUCUUUAUUCACAAGGAAUAUCUUGAAUUCCAAUCUAAUUACUUCUGCGACAUCUUUACAAAAAAGAAAGUUAAGAAAGGCGAUCUUAUCAAAAUCAAUUUACCAUCACCUGAUACUUUCGAAAUAAUCUUGGAAUUUUUUUAUUUUGGAGACGAGGAUAGAUUCUAUGAUAAAUUGAACAUAGACAAUUAUUAUGACGUAAUGAAAAAUGUGAAUCUCUUGGGCUUAUCCAGCGAAAUUAAAAAUAUUUGUCUAGCUUUCUAUCAAGAUAAUCGUGAAUUUCUAUAA